UAAUCUCAUCUCUUCCUUCUUCAAUUAUUCCAAUCACAUCAAACAUUUGCACAAAUUAACUCUUCAAUUCCAUUUGAUUCUUUCCCCUUUCUCCUUCUCUAUAUUAAUUUCCAAGACUUUCUCACCGUUGUUGUUGAAUCUGAGUGCUGUGAUUUGAUUUGCCUGCAACAAUGGAUGAACACCACCAAUCACCGCCGGGAGGUGGAGGAGAAAAAUCGGCGAAGCGAGAAGAAGAUGAAGAAGUCAGUUCAGAAGCCGAAGCCGAAGCCGAAGCGAAAUCUAAAUCCAAAUCUGCCGCUCCGUGCAAGAACAGUUUCUUUGGUAGACAUAGAAUCUCAGCGGCCAUUAACAGACUCCAAAACGAAAUCAAUAUCAUCGAGGAAGAAUUGCAACAGCUUGAGAGCGUAGGCGAAUCCUCCACCGUCUGCAAAGAACUCGUCUCGAGCGUUGAAUCGGUUCCCGAUCCUCUGCUUUCAGAAACAAUCGGCCCGCCGGACGUCAACUGGGACCAGUGGUUCCGAGGAGCUCACGACGGCCGCAACCACAGACGGUGGAUCUGAUUCCGAACACUCGAAGAGAUCCAUUUUGCGGUCGCCAUUGAUUUGUAGGUCUUUAGGACCAUCCUUUUCUAAUCGGUUGCCGCCAUAACCAGAACGUGGAGAAGAAAAGAGAAGACUUGGGACAUCGAAACGACGACGUCCCAAUCGCGCGUGUACAAGUUUUUAGGUUCGAUAAUUUAUUGUUGCUAUUCUUAGAAGGAAAAUUUAACUAUUGCCACGUAGUAUUUGCCUUUUUUUUUUUUUAAUUUUUAAUUUCACUUUAUAAUUAACAUUUGUCUUAAUGUCCCGACAAUCUUGUUAUUAAACUGAUUAAAUCG